AUGUCUAAUCCUCAAACAGUCGUCCACGUCUGCUCAACCACCGAGUCCGCCCUCUCAGAGAUCCCUGGUCUCCUCAGAGGCGAAAAAGUCAUGGCGUCAAGCGGCCAGGGGACCAACGCCACGGCACAGACACCUUUCCGCGCCGACAUCUCUCUCGUCAUCGUCGGGGCCUUCUCACCACCCGACGCGCAGGCGAUAACAAACGCCGUCACGGCGACGACGACACCCGCCUCGGUCGCCGUCUUCGUCGCCGACACCACCAAAAAGUCACCCGGCCAACAGGGUCCGCCGACCAUUGAAAUGAUCCAGGCCAGGAUUCUCGAGAGCAUCAACGCGGCCGAGAAGAGCGACGGGACAUUUGGACCUGGAGUGUAUAGAUUCUAG